GAACGCCGCUGAUGGAAGCGUUCCAUUUUCGAAUUCCCCAAGAAUAGACGCACGUCCAUGGACGUUACGAGGCAAGUACGGUUCGAAGAGACGCUCGUGGCGGGCGAGUCUUCGCCACGGCACGACAUCACCACACACGAGAUGGGCAACAAGGCAUCGGCCGGGUCGCCGUCAUCCGCACGAGAAGAUCGCGCUGGAGUGGCGGCCGUACACCACCACCCCCAUGCAGGACAUCCGGUUCCUCCACCCAUUAUCACGCACGAGAUCAGCGUCCAACCCAACCCCCAUCAUGUGUCGUCGUCGCUGGAUCAAAAGUUGAUCAACGCCUUCAAGGAGCUCCGAGUGCGCCGCGAGAACGACGCCCACAGUCACGACAAGCAUGACCCCUUCACCAAGAUCCUGCUAAAGGGUCCAUCUCUCAAGCAAGCGUUCGAUAGUGUGCGCAGUACGUUUGACGCGUUCGACACGCACAAGCAAGGGUCCAUCAGCUUUGGAGACAUGGAGGAAGCGUUGAAUCGACUCGGUGGGAAUUUCACCAAGGACGAGGUUUACGACGCCUUCAACGAGGCCGACAUGACCGAGUCCGGACGUCUUACGUUCAAAGAAUUCCUCGUGUGUCUUGCAAUCGGCUUUGUCCUUCAUCGCAUCCCAGCUUUGGACGACCGCGAACCCGAUGGCCAGCCUCAACUCAGCAUCUUUUACGCGCCCUUGAACAGCUCCAUCAAGGACGGCGAGCCCAAGUCGCUUCUCUUUGGCGACGGAAACAAGCUACGCCAGGCGUUCCAUUUGGCCGUGGACGUCUUUUUGUGGUUUGACAUCGACGGCGACGGGCUCAUUGAAAGGAAUGAAAUGCUAAGCCGACUGCACGAAUCCAUGCAUGAACAUUCGCCGACGAAAAAGACGUCCAAGCAGCGGUCAUUCCUCAAAGCCUCCGACGCCACGGUCACCUGCCCUGCCAACUCGUUCAUCACCCAACGCCGGUUCAACGAAAUGGACUGGGAUCACGACGGAAGCAUCACGUUCAAGGAGUUCCUGAUGGCGUUCGAGUCGUGGGUCGGCGUAGACGACGAGGAUGACUGCGAGGCCACCGACUAACUACUUUUGUGCAAAUGUGUGGUAUGCGAUGGAAAAGUUGGCGUCCUUGCCCGGUAGCAUGCGCCGUCGCAUUCAAGGAUUAUGAUGGCAGUUUGUGGACAACACAGCACCAUGUCUGCGUCAGCUUUGCGCGGAAGU